AUGUGCGGCUGGAUGGGUGGUGGGUAUAUGGUGACUCUUGUAUCGGUCGGCGCAAAUGUAGCCGGGCAGACGGAGAAGAUCUUCAUGUCCGGCAUCCUGUGGUGUGCUUACGGACUCAGUAAUGAGAUCUCCCCAUUGAUGAGAUUGAAUGAGGAAGUCAGGCAACAUCACCCGACGUGUUUCUACGCGAUCAUUGGGACUGCCUCGGUCGUGCUCUGUGGGGCGCUUGUUUUGAGGCACUACCUUGUUCGGGAGAAUCGGAGACGGAAUCGUGAGGAUGGCGUGGUUGCUACAAUGGUUGCCCAGGAAUUGAGAACUCAGAGAUUUGAAGAAUAG